GAAUUUCUUAAGAUACAUCAAAGGCAAAUGUUUGGCCGUUUUCGAAUAUUACAAAAGUAACACGUCAUUAAGCUGCCCUGUCGCCUGUGAAUUUGAAACCGCAGGUCAAGCAAAUAAAUACUUUCAUACAAAUCAUCGAAUGGCCCUUUUUAUAAACCGUGCGAUGCAAUCACAUGGGGAAGGCAGGAGAAUGUCAACGAUCAAUAGUAUUACGAAAAUGAAUUGGUGAUUCGUACGUUGAAAAUUUUGUGCACAACAUGGUGUCUGGGGACCACGAAAGAUUGAUGCCCGAACCGGAGAAUUACGUGAAAUGUUUUUAUGACCUCUUCAAAAGCAUCGCCGAGGCACAGAGGAAUAAAGAGGAAUGGAGAAAAUGUAAAAAAAAUAAAUCUAUACGUAAGAGGGACAAGAAAAAGAUUGAUUUAAGCGGAGACUUAAAUUACAAUAAUCCACCAGAAAUAGAAUUAUCUUGCAAUGCUUCUGCAUUUGCUGUAUUUGCUAGUGUUAGAAGUGCUAUUUUGGAAAGGUAUGCUAAGACAACAAAUGAAGUUUAUAGAGCAUCAAAUUGUAAUUCUCCAUCACCACCAGAGCUUAGUGAAACUAUUGAUACAGAAAGCGAUGAUGAAGAUAGGAUAUCAACUAUACAGAGCUUACCAAAGAUUGUAGGUAUUGGUUUAAGAAGUGUUUUCACAUUAAUGCGGGAAAGUAGAACAAUUGAACCUCUUCUAUGUACGAAAGCAUUAUCGGCUUUACUGGAUAUAUUACAAGGACAACUUCCUGAAGGCCUCAAAUCUGAACCAGAUGAUGUUAUUGAUCCACUUUUUGAUCUGUUGUUGGAUCUUGCAACUUCACAUGGCCCUGAAUCAGCAGCGGCCAAUGACGGUAGUCAUUUGACUGCUGUUGCCUGUGCCUGUUUAUUGAGUCUUGUGGUUGUUAGAGGUGACACUGGUCGUUUGUUGGCAGCAACAGCUGCUUUACUCAUGUGUCCCAGAGCAUUAGCAGUUCAGAAUAUCCAAAUGCCAUGUGUAUUGACAUCCUUACAAAGAAGUGUACAAGCUGUUUUACUCGGAAAACUAGCGCGACCAGACUGGAUUACAUAUGGAGUUCCUAAAUGUUCUAAGAUUUAUACUUCUACGCUUAAGUUACCAAAUGAUAUAAAUAAUAUAAUUCUGAAUGGAAGAAGCUUUGUGAGCGAUGGAAAGUACCUGUAUCUACAUACAAGUAGAGGAUUAUUGAAGAUUGGUAGUGGUCAUGGUGGAACCAUUUGGGGUCAUGUGUACAUUCAGAAGGCAGACUUUUACCCAUCAGAAACGGGUUGGCUUGGUUAUGCAAAUAAUACAUUGUACUUUAAAUGCACACCGAGAAAACAGAGCGAAUUACUAAUUAUCGAUGCAGAAACUCUUGUAGUCACAGGAAUUGCUGUUUUAGAGGGUCGUGAUUGGUCAUCUUCUGUUAUGUUUUCUGACGGCGAAUGUUUAGGAAUGAUAACAGCUGGAAAAGACGAUGGUUUUGUAGUUAGAACAAUAAACACGUUAAGUAAUCCAGUAACAGUUGCAUCAGAGUUGCCACUAAAAUUAGCAAGAAAAUGUGUAGACGUUUUUGGAUAUGCCGCUUUUGACGAAGAACAAGUUGUUCACACUUUAAAUACAGGCUGUGAUGAUGAAAUUGCUACCGUUACGGCAGGAAAGGAAUUUGCUGUAUUAAAAACCGUGUCUGGAAAAGUACUAUAUAGUGGAAAAGGAACCUCUCUUGGGAAGGAAAGGAACACAAGGCCUAACAGAUGGGUGGAAUUGACCGUUGGAAAAGGACCAAGACUUGUAAAUUUUGCAGCCGGCCACGAUGGUCAACACAUUGUUAUGAUCCUAGAAGAUGGUUCAGUUUUGUUUGCCGGUACCGCCAGACGCGGAGAAGACGGCGAUAGUAACAAAAUUCGCCGUCAAUCUAAGCCAGUUAAACCAAAAAAGAUAGCAAAAGUAGAAGGUCAAUUCAUUGUGGAUGCUGCCUGUAAUAAUGGAUCGACGGCUUUAGUCACAAAAGAGGGUUCUUUGUUAAUGUUUGGCAAAGAUACAUUGCACAGUGACCCAAGUUCUGGAAUAGUUACUGAUCUCAAAGAUGUCUUUAUUAUACACGUUUCGUUAGGAAAAGCUCACGCCGCGGCAUUAACUAACAAAGGUCAUUUAUAUACAUUUGGUAUCAACAAUAAAGGGCAGUGUGGUAGAGAUUUCACAACUGUCCACACUAUUAAUAAGGAUACCACCGUGGUAGCUAUGGAAAUGGGUACAGCAGAAGAUGAACUUCUAGUAACCGAAGAAGAUGUCGCAGAGCCUGCUGAAGAUUGGGAAGAAAUAAGUAGGAUGUGUCCUCCCGGCCAACAUCAAUGGAGACAUCGUGUUUGUAUGGUUUGCACGAUAUGUCGGGAAUGCACCGGUUACAGUAUAUCGUGUUUGAGCGGUGUACGCCCAGAUCGGAAUCCAGGCCAGGAAUGUGGAUGCGGUGAAGGUGAUAGCGGAUGUGCAGAAUGUGGAUGUUGUCGUACUUGUGCAAGGAAAAGUUGUAAUAACGGUAGAAUAAGUUCAAAUUUUCGGGAAUAUUUACAAAGACGUUUGGGAGAAAUAAAACAGAGACAGAGAACCAAAGCAGGUCCAAGCACUGCAAAGUAUGGAAUGAAGAUGAAAGGUCCGAAUAAUCAAAGAUUGGCUGGGCCGAGCGUGGCACAGAAAAGUUGCCCUGGAAAAAUGGCACUGGGAUUGGGUAGCAAUUUAAUGACCGAAGAAGCCGUUGGAGGAAGCGACAUAGAACGAGGCGACGCAGCAAGAAUUGCUAGUAUACCGCCAGCUAGAGUUCUUAUACCGAGCGAGAGUCCCGUGGUUCAAGUAUCAUGUGGUCUGCAUCACACGGUGGUGCUUUUACAAAAUGGCGAAGUUUACACAUUUGGAAGCAACGCGUACGGUCAAUUAGGCGUGGGAGAUUUAGCAGCGCACGCUGGACCGGUUCACGUAAAAUUAUCAGGAAUAGCUACGCAGGUUGCCGCUGGAAGUAAUCAUACCGUUGUACUUACAUCAAAGGGCGAAGUAUUUACGUUUGGAGCUUAUCAAAAAGGACAGUUGGGCAUGAGUUGGUGGAAUGGACAAAACGAAUCUUCAAAUACCACUUCUCCAGCCAGUCGUCGUUCCGAUAGAACACAGCCGUGGCAUAGCUUUCCGAAUAUAGUUCCAAAUAUCGGUCCACGAUGGGGUAGGCGGGCAACAUGGGUUGGCGCGACUGGAGAUCAAACAUAUGUCAAAAUUGAUGAAAUAAAUUCUAUUAGUUUAACAAGGAGUACUGUUAUGGCAAAUAAAAACUGCAUAAUAUUAAUUCCACAUCAAAACGAUCAAGCAAAUUCGUUCAAAUGUUUAGUCAUAAGCAAAAGGGAUGGCACUUGUAAUAGUUACAGCGGGACAGAUCAAGUUGACUUCAAUAAUUGCGCAGCAUGCUUAGAUCCUUUGUAUAACGUAAUCUGGACUUUCAAUCCGAUAAAUAAUGAAAUAAGUUUGUACAAUAUUAUAUCAACGGAGACUAGAACGAUUCCUGGUUUAGAAGUGUCCAUUCUUAGUCCUGGCUUAGCAUUGCCUGUAGUAUCGAAUUGCUUCGUAACGCGUUCUCAAGCUGCGAUGCAUUUAUUGGGUUGUUUGGAUACCCUCACACAAGCGCAAGAUGAAAGUUUGUGUAUAAUUGAAGAGAACGAAUGCAAUCAAACAACGCAUGGCAAAGUAUACAGUCACGAAGACUUCGUUACGGUUAAUAGGUUUGAAAGUCACGGUGGUGGUUGGGGCUAUUCUGGUCAUUCAAUCGAGGCUAUCAGAUUUAUGCCUGAUACUGAUAUUUUACUUGGUGGAUAUGGCUUGUUUGGAGGCCGUGGAGAAUAUACGGCAAAAAUAAAACUUUUUGAUAUUGGAAUGGACGGAGGAGAUCAAGAAAAUGACGGUGAACUUUUAGCAGAAUCUGAAGAAAUACCAUAUGAAUGCGGGCCGAGACAAAAGUACUCAAUUUUAUUUGACGAACCAAUUUCUUUGCAAGCAAACAGAUGGUAUGUUGCAUGGGCUAAAGUCACUGGUCCUUCCAGCGAUUGUGGAUCUGGGGGUCAAGGAAUGGUUACGGCGGAAGAUCAAGUUAUGUUUUACUUUAAAUCUUCGAAAAGAUCUAAUAAUGGAACGGAUGUGAAUGCUGGACAAAUACCACAAUUAUUGUAUCGAGUUGUUACACUCGAAAACCAAGCUCCUAACAGGCAAAGAGAUUUAGUUGAACCGGUUUAUGUAUUAAAGAGAGAUUUCAGUAGGACGGUCACCAAAGAAUGUUUUCAGUCAUUAAUAUCCCUACUUCAAUGGAGUUGGAACACGCUAAAAGCAGCAUUAAAUGAUACUAUUGUUCACGCUACUUCCUCAUCUCACGCAUUGCUUGAAAUGGAACGUUUGGUUUAUAUCAGUAAAGCUAGUUUAAGAUUACUUAGAACUUACACCAGCGAAAUUUAUCCAAAUCAAGUCGGCAAGAAGACUCCAGCCGAGUCAGUGCGCCUAGCUGAAUGCAUAGGCGAAGUACGCGCUUUGUUGCAUCAAAUAUUAUCCGAUACUGUGCCAUUAAAUACAAAAAGUAAAGGAAAGACGCGGCUAAGUAAAAGUUCGAGUGCCAUAAACAAUAAGAUGCCGAACAGCAUAUUAGAUGAAUGUCAUAGAACAUUCGUUGCUUGUUAUCAUGCAUUUUAUCCUACAGCAUAUUUAAAGUGGACGUGUUUAUGUGAACUGUUAUCUGAAAUUGACAGAGAUCAAGGAAGGACUACAAAAGAUAGGUUAUUAUCGGCCGUGUUAGCUUCUUUGUGUAAUCCUGCUAUCCGUCUACGAUGUACAUUUCCAAUUUUAAAUAAUAUUAUGGAUAGUAGCGACAGCAUAAAUCGGCAGCUCAGUCCAUCCGACAAUACCGGUUUGCUGAUGAUAAACUCAACCGAAAAUCACCAGUAUCCAAUUUUGGUCGAGCAGAUCAGUUACAAGUCUCAAGUGGAAAGUUCCGGCAAAGAGAGCAUAAAUUGGACGUUCCGCGAUGUCCUCGAUAGGCUCUUGGACCUGAUUUUAGUACCCGUGAAGAAAACUCUUUCCAGAGAAAAGACCCAAUCACUGCCAGAGUUGGUCCUUCAUUGUUGUUAUUUGCUGGCACGGGUUAUCGCCGAAUUGGCGGUACAAUCCAGCGGGAACGAAGAUGAACUUCAAGCUGCUUGUGGCAGACUUAUCUACACUACACCCUCAAGAUUCACUCGAGUGAAUCAGACAAGAUCGUGGAAUACCGGUAACGGUUCACCAGAUGCAAUAUGCUUCUCGGUCGAUCGUCCUGGUAUCGUUAUUACCGGAGUGGGCAUCUACGGAGGCGUUGGAGUCUAUGAUUACGAAUUGGAGCUACUCGACGAUCAAAAUAAUACAGGCAACGAUCCAUCUCACACUCAACGUUGGAGCAGUUUGGAUUUUACACGCGGCUCUUUCGGGCCAGACGAUUGCGUGAACGACAUAGUGGAAUUAAAAUUUGAUAAACCUGUACCCAUCAAGGAAAACAUAAAGUACGCUAUUAGAUUGAGAAACCGCGGCGGGCGUACGAGUAAUGGCGAUGGAGGGUUGAGCGUUGUUAAAGGAUCGGACGGAACAACUUUUACUUUUACGGCUUGUUCCUUGAGCUUCAACGGUACAACACAAACCAGAGGUCAAAUACCACAUAUCCUUUAUUACUCAAAUCCUCAAGAUUCUGAUGGCCAACACACAAGUAAGGCGAUGGCCGAAGUGCAAGCAAGAAAGUCUACUCUUGCUAUGACCGCCACAAUUAUUCAACGAUCCAAUGAAAUCCUCGCGCUAGCGAGAGAAAGAGCAGAAGAAGUGGUAGCCACUGAAGUUCUCGGGAACGCGACAUUCGUGACGACCCUUUUACCAUUGGUUAUGGCGCACAUCAGCCCAUUAGCUACAUCAGAUCCCAGAAGCGGGGUACAGGUUCUUACUUUGAUGCAAGAGAUGCUUCCCCAUGUCACGGCGCUUAAUUUGUUAUCUACAAUGGGAUCGUCUCAAAUAUCUCAAGAGAGCGAGGUUCAGUCCCACGUUUCCCCGCCCAUCACCACCAGUCAUCACUACACGUGGUUGGAAAGCGAUCAUCCUUACAAACCUGCUACGGUGUCCCAUUACAGAGUUACCUUCCCGGACACGGUUAAAUGGUUGACCAUCGAAUUCACUCCAGAAUGUGGUACCGCACAGCCGGAGGAUUAUUUGCAACUCUACAUUCCGAAUAUAAUUUCCAAUUCCCUAACAGGAACAAACGUGAAUGCAACGGUAGAAGAUACACCGUUGCAUUGGCCCGUGCUACACAAACUGAGCAACGUGCAAAGCCUGUGGCCACAAAACGCGGUCGUGUUACCAGGAAACGAAGUGAUAUUCUCGCUGGAAACUGCGUCGGAUUACAUGAAAAACGAGAGAGCUGUUACGUACGGGUUUAAGUGUCUAGUUAUCGGAUACGACUGGAUAACGUCGGGGAAUGGUUUGAAAAACUUGGAAACCGAAUUAUCGUUCCUCGGCGGAGCUUGUGCCGCGAGUCUCAUAAAGAAGAACCUCGCAUUACCGCCUGUGUCAAACGAAGAAGUGGAAGAGGAUUUGGAGUUGAUGCAAGAAACUGCAAAGAGGAUUUUCUCCGUACACUCGACGCUGCUAGGACGAGGAUUCGCUCUGGCAUCACCACCUACCGUCUCCCAGGCUCUCGAUGGCGUUCUUCCAUUCAGUUGUCACUCGAACGAACGGCUAUUUCUACGAGAUUUUGUCUCCUGCACGGCCAGCACAAGCGGAGGUCGCCUGGCGAGAUGGUUGCAACCGGACAGUUUCGUGGACCCGUCGAAAUGCGAGGCGCUUUAUUCGAAGGACGAAAUGAAAUGUGGAUGGCCGGCCAUCGUUACAAUACUCACGAGAGAUCAGUAUGGAGACGUCGUUCACGUACCCAACUUAAAGGUGGAGGUAAAGGCAAUUCCCAUCGACAAAAAAGACUUGACGGACUCCGAACAAGGAAGAAAGAUUCGACGUGUUUCUCAGCCCGACCCAAUGACCUUUGGCGGUCAUCCUCAACCUUCGUUGGACGUACCGUACGAGGUCACGAUCAACAACAAGACAUGCUUCCACGCGAUUACCAUAAUGAAGGCUUAUCAGAACUAUUCGUUCGAGGAGUUAAGGUUUAUGUCACCGGCUAUAAAAAGAUCAAGCGAGAGCAUGCUGGUCAGACCUAACGGCGAUGGAAGUUAUAGCGCGACCUGGACGCCAUCAUCCGUUGGAUGGUACUCGCUUAUGAUCACGGUGGACGGUUACAAUAUGGAGGACAAUUAUAAGGUGGAGGUGAAGGAGCCGCCACAGGGAAUGCAACCACCGACACAGAAUAUUGUGAAGAAGCCGCAGCAUCAACCGAGCAGACUCAGGAAAUUCGUGGCGAAGAAUAGCGCUGGUUUGAGAAUCAGAGCCCAUCCUUCUCUCCAGAGCGAGCAAAUUGGCUUUGUUUCGGUUGAUGACACUAUAGCUUUCAUAGACGAGAUUCACAACGACGACGGUGUUUGGUUAAGACUAAACGCGGAAACGAUAGAGCGGUAUUGCAGUAGCAGUCACUUGGAAGCCUGGUGUCUGCAGUACAACCAACACUUGGGAAAGACCAUGCUCCUCCCGGUUGAGGAGCCGAAAUCUAUCCUAGAUCAAGUCAUCAAGGAAACCAUUCUACGGAAACGGCCCGAAGUGGUCGAAGAGUACGUAGAUCGACGGAAUCUCUGUUUACGGUAGUCGCUACGUGAUUAUGCAAUUAGUUUUUCUCGUUUCAGUAAAAGGAAAACGGUUACGUUCGACUCUGGUAGGAACAUGGUCGUCGUAAAGUGCGGUGCAUCCGGUCACAAUAUCAGAAGCAGGCCAAAUUUGAAGGCGGCGUCGGUAGGAAUGUUAGGUCAGGGUAACACGGUGACCAUACAAGAAUACUUUGUGAAUAGCGAAGGUACUUGGGUGCGCAUCGACGACGACUCGAUGGCCAAGUACUGCUUCGACAGAGGUCGCGUGGCAGAUGGCGAAGCCUGGACCCUGGCUAUCAAUAAAAACGGCGUGGCAUAUAUAAAGAUCGAUCACGAUCUCGAGAAUGACCCGAUGGAAAAGAAACUAGUCAUAGCAGAUCCGUCCGUUUCACCUAGUCAUAAAGGUUUCGAUUUCUCCGUGCCUUCCGUGAGCCACGAGGGAUUCAAUUUCACCACGCAGAAUUAUACGCCGGGAACCGCUGAGUCUGGAGAGGGUAGCAACACGAAUCCAUUUAUUUUUGGCACGUACAAUCAACACGAAUCACCAGGGAGCGACAGAUUUGCAAUGGAGAAGACCGACGUUUCGCCAAAGUUCUCCAAGCCUCAUUCCAAGGAAAGAGUCGCGAAAGAAAGGGAGAGGGAAGGGGGCGGUGGGAAAUUCAGCGUUCUGCAGAAGUGGCUGAGAGGCGACGACAAGUGUCACGGAGAAAAGAAAAGUUCCCCUGGCAGGGAUUUUUCCGAGUUCGUCGGAGUGUCUGUGAAGGAACUGGUAAAAGCAAUGGGGGAGAGUCGCGCGAACGGGAACGGAGCUACGCCGCCAGAGACACCGAAAAGACUGUCGAGAAGCUCGUCUCCGAAGAAUCCCCAAGGUGGGUCACCAAGAUUUCACAGCCCGUCCUCUAGUCCGGUACAGAUACCUGUGUCGGGCGGUAUGGUGGACAGCACCACCUCCCAACGACGGGGAUCAACGCAAAGCGAUACAAGUGCCUUGGUCAGUAGUCUAACGAGGGAUCCUUCGCAGUCUCCCAGCGCUGUCAGUACAACUGCCAACACUCGUGACCUCUCACCGAGUCCAAGUUGUAGUUCUUUACACAUGAGGUCCGAGGGUAGCAUAGCUAGUCCACCCGAUACUCCGAAGAAAGACAGCGGCGAUUCUCAAGAAAGUCCACGAAAAGUCUCUCAAGCACAGACGCAAACGAGUCCCGAGAGCGCGACCACGGCCAUGAAAAGUCACUUUAGCAUCGGCUCCGCGGGCCCUAAAGAAGAACGUCACUCGCCAAAGUUAAACAGAAGGGAUCACACCAAAAUGGUGAAGACCAGAGCGAAGCGGCCGAUGUCUCCAGCCAGCUCGCAUCAAAACUCGAAUCCAAGUCGAACGUUAAACUUGAGCAAGGAGAAAGUAAAAGAAGCCAUUAGCCCAUCCGUAGCCGAGUGUCUGAGAGCCGUGUUCGCGGCGUUCCUCUGGCACGAAGGGAUCGUCCACGACGCCAUGGCUUGCGCGAGUUUUCUCAAGUUUCAUCCUAGUUUGCCCAAGCAGGGCGCUCUCGUUGUAACAAGACAAGCGGUGGUGCAGGCCAACGACAAGCAAACGCAAGAACAGAAAGCCAGGCAGAGACACUCGGUCGAAGUGACAAACGCUGGUAAUUAUUUGCACAUACAACCCAGCACGUUGGAAACGCUGACGCGCUCGGCUGCGAACGCGAACGCGAACAGGAGCAGAAAGAAACAGGAAAUUACUAUCAAGGAAGAGGUUCAAGCGAACGGUAAACUUGGUUCCCUUCCGGAAUUUCAAACGGUGGCGGUUCUACCGCCUGCUUUGAAAAGCUUGGUAUUCCUGUGGGAGGAACUCAGCACCAAUUGCCUUCAAGCUAUAGAGCAACAGUCGGUUUUACCUAGCCCGAUAUCGCAAAUACAAACGAUGAAGUUGAGCAAACGACCGAUACCGGAGAAACGGCCUCGAGAAGACAAGCUGAAGGAACGCGAGAAGAAAGGCAGCAGGAAGAAGAAAGAAUGGAAACCAGUUGCCAGGGGGAACGGAGCCGAAGUGUUGGGUAGCAUAGAACGGGAGACUAUAUGCGAACUGUGCGGUCUGAUGUUUCCCCAUCCAGUGACUUACCACAUGAAAAUGAUGCAUCCUGGUUGUGGGUGGCACGCGGGUGGAAAGGGAUACAACAGCGGCGGAAAUUAUUGCAUCGGUUGGGCAGGGAAUUGUGGCGACGGUGGUGUGGGUGGUAGUUCGUGGUAUCUCAUCUGUGAUACGUGCCGCGAUAAAUAUCUCAGAGCGCGGAAGCUCAAGCUCACGAAGAAAUUCUUAACUGGAAUAUCGAAAAGAAAGAACGGCGCUGGGAAGAUCUUAUCGCCAAUUACCAGCCCUAGUGGGAACGAAACGCACAUCGUCAUGAAGAACAAUGCUAUGUUCCUCCUAGACUUGGCCAGUGCCUCUGGUUUGAACAUUCCUAAACAACAAAGACGACCAUCUCAGACAUUAUCGUCCGUGGCUGAAAAUUACAGCCCACCGGAAGCAGCUGGACCGUUUCCGGCAACCGGUCCGUUUCAAUGUUUGCAAGCUUUAGGAAUUCAUCAUUCGCAAAGCCACGACGAGAGGUACUACGAGGAAGCGUUGAGACGUCAAAACGGACAACAGAACGUUUACGAUGGAAAUACUGGCAUGUUUAAUACUACCAACGGACGGCCGGUAUCGGAAUACCCCAUGAGCGACAGCGACAGCGAAAGUGGUAAAGGUCGUGGCAUGUUUCAUCGAUCGGUAUCAAUGUCUACCGGCGCCCCUUGGAUCAGAAAUUCUAACGACGGUAGAGUUGUUAUGAUGCGUAAAAGAAAUAACAGUAGUAGCGAAAUGAACAAUGAUGGCGGUUCGUCUCUCCUCUGUUAUCCUUCCGCGGCGCUUCAGAAACUGGUACCGUCGAUGGAUCAAUCGGCAAUUGUAUCUACGAGCCAAGCGGAAAUGACUAAUAACGAUAGAAUAGAAAUACUCAUGAGGCCCGUAAUGCUAUUUGUGCUUCAACAACAUAACUUGCAACAUUUGCAACUUGCUAUGAAGCAAUCGCUACGUCGUGCUGCUUGUCGAGUUUACGCGAUGCAAGCGUUGAACUGGUUGCUAAGAAGCGUCACACAACCAAUAUGUCUCCACGAUUUACUUUGGUGGUUCGUUGCUUCUCUGACACCGGCUGUACCAUCGGAGGCUAUAGACGCGAACGACGAGGACAAUCGAAUUGAAAAGAAAGAUGAUCAUGAUAUGAUUGGUGUGUGCGAACAUCCUCUUAGCGAUUUAGUAAUAGCAGGCGAAUCUGUUAAUCCGCUACCGACAGUGUUUCAUACUUUGUUACAAACUAUCGCUGAUCUGAUGCUUCUACCACCGCUUGGAUCGCCUCUGCAGCAAGCUGCUAUUCGAUGCUGGGGCAUUAAAUUCACCCCUGCGGAUCACAUGUUUCUCCACAGAAGUCACGUGUUCAGCAAUAUCAGUAAAAUACUCUCAAGAUCCGAAGAAGAAGAAGACGUUACGAUGAGCAUGCACGAAAGCCAUCAAUCGACUCAUUCUCAGCAAAUAACUAGUUCGGUAGAAGUUUUGAAAGACUUGACAUGCGGUGUCGAAAUCAAAGCAUCGAGCAGACAGGCUAUGAUCGGUAGUUUGACCGACAAUUCGACAGAAACUUUCUGGGAGUCUGGUGACGAGGAUCGCAAUAAAACCAAAACGAUUAUUAUCAGCUGUAGUUCUCGUUCCCUUCCCCGGAUCGUGUAUAUCCAUAUUGAUAAUUGUCGUGAUUUAACGCACAAGGUGUCCAGCGUCACAUUUCAAGCGGGUAGUAACGUGGACGAAAUGGUCAAACUAAGAACCGUGGAAAUCGAAAGCCGAUCAGCCGGUUGGAUCAAUUGCCCGGUCACCGACUUACGUCAUGUCGUUGUGGGUCUCGAGUUAAAGGGUCCAGACAAUUCUUUACGAGUGAGACAAAUAAGAAUUUUAGGCGAAGUCGAAGGGGAAAUUUUAAAGCUUGGAACACAAUUAAGUGCACAAAGGAUACAACAGAGAAAUUGCGAAACGGAAACGCUGAAAGUUUUUCGUUUAAUCACUUCUCAAGUGUUUGGCAAACUUAUACAAGGGGAGCAACCUCAACAGCAAGUGGAAACUGGCGAGGGAGUUAACGAAGACUUGGAAGAUAGCAAUGACCUUCGAGAGCAUAUGGUUGGAAUUUUGUUCAGCCGAAAUAACUUGACGCAUUUACAAAAGCAAGUCUGCACACAUAUUGUUCAAGCUAUUAGGAAAGAAACGAUUCGCCUGUGGGAAGAGUGGGAGACACUCUUAUGUUCACCAACGCCUGCAAAUAGUUUGUUAAGCGACAACAGCGAUCUACCGAAAGCAGCCGAUACAUAUUGCUUUGAAAUGUUAUCUAUGGUUCUUGCUUUAAGUGGCAGUUCCGUAGGACAGUAUUAUCUGUCACAUCAAUAUGGAUUAUUGAAAGAUUUAUUGAGCUUGUUACAUACUGGAUCAGCUAGAGUGCAGCGCCAAGUAACAUCCCUUUUAAAAAGAAUUUUGCCUGAAAUUAAGCCAGAAACAUUGGCCAGUGUUAUUAACGUCGAUCGAUUGCCACCCACGGAUUUUAGCAUUGUUUCUGCUGCCAAUAACGGUUUCGCGCAUAGCGCGGACUUUGAUCAACAUACUCCAGGAAUUCUCGAUGUUUUCUUAAGUUGUAUUGCCAAAUCAUUAACAGUUCAAGUUAAAGUAAAGGGUAAAGAAAAUAAUGGGAAGGCUUUACAAACUGCUUCAUUAGCUACUAGCAUACAUCCAAAGAGUUAUGUUGGAUCAAGAUGGUGGUUGAGAGGAUGCAUGACUCGAAAGUUAGCCGAAAUGAUAAUUCAACUUCUAAAAGACAUGGCAUCGGGUAAAUUAUCCGAUGCAUGGGCGUCUGUAACGAAAGCAGCUAUUGCCGAGAAUAUUUUAAAUCUCACUAGAUUAGAUGAGAAGAGUCGCGAUCCCGCGGAAUGUCUACGAACACCAACAUUAUGGUUAGCUCUAUCCUCCUUGUGCGUUUUGGACUCCGAUCAUGUCGAAAGAUUGUCUUCUGGUCAGUGGAGUGGUUCAGAAGGUCAACCACCACCGCCCAGACCAACAUGUAGCAAUCACGACGAUGGCGAAACAACAGCUAUUAUCCAGUGCAACGUUUGCGGGAAUUUAUGCGCGGAAUGCGAUCGAAUCUUGCAUUUGCAUAGGAGAACACGAAUGCACAUAAGGCAAGUUUGUAAAGAAGAGGAGGAAGCCAUCAGAGUAGACCUUCACGAAGGUUGUGGCCGAACGAAACUGUUUUGGAUUUUGGCCCUUGCCGAUAGCAGAACGUUAAAAGCAUUGGUAGAAUUUCGCGAUGGGUCACCGAGGAAACCAGUUGGUGCUACAUCAGGAAUCUGUAGAUUUUGUGGUACUACUGGGAACACAGGCUUAUUAGCGAUAGGGAACAUUUGCGCGGAUCACGAUUGCCAAGAACACGCUAAAAAUGCGUGCAGUAAAAUGCAUCCAUGCGGGCAUAUCUGUGGAGGCGUUCGAAACGAGAAAAAUUGUUUACCGUGCCUUCACAGAUGUUUACCAGGCACCGAUCUGAAGCAAGACGUCGACGACAUGUGUAUGAUUUGUUUCACGGAAGCUUUAUCAGCAGCGCCAGCGAUUCAAUUACAGUGCGGCCAUGUUUUCCACGUACAUUGCUGCAAACACGUUCUAAUGAAACGUUGGGUGGGACCGAGAAUAACUUUCGGAUUCUCUCUGUGCCCAAUUUGCAAAGUACCAAUGGAACAUCCCACUUUGAUGGAGCAGUUGGCAAAUAUUAAGGAAUUGUACGAGGACGUCAGAAGGAAAGCUUUAAUGCGACUGGAGUAUGAAGGAUUACACAAGGCUGAAGCGAUAUUUGGUCCAACUGGGAAAUACCAUCAGGAUCCUGCCGCGUACGCGAUGGAACGAUACGCGUAUUACGUUUGUUACAAAUGCCAAAAGGCCUAUUACGGCGGUGAAGCACGGUGUGACGCACAAGUAGGCGGAGAAACGUUUGAUCCCACAGAACUAGUGUGUGGAGGCUGCAGCGACGUGGCAAGGGCUCAGAUGUGUCCAAAGCACGGGAUAGACUUCCUAGAGUAUAAGUGUCGAUAUUGUUGUUCGGUGGCAGUCUUCUUUUGCUUUGGAACUACCCACUUCUGUACCCCCUGCCACGACGACUUUCAACGUGUCACCACCAUUCCAAAAGGUCAACUACCUUCGUGUCCCGCAGGACCAAAAGCAGAACAACUCGAUGGCGACGAAUGCCCAUUGCAUGUGAAACAUCCACCAACCGGAGAAGAGUUCGCGUUAGGUUGCGGUAUUUGCGGCAAUGCACACACUUUCUGAACAGUUUCGAAUAAUUAGAUACAGGACACAAACUAUUUCACGAUUUAUACUCGAUAUAAUGAAGCUGGUGAUUCUUGGUGGAUCUUAACAAUGCAACUAUAUUUAAUGCAAGCAAGUGGAUAUAUUGAUCCUCGUAACAAUUACGCGUCUCUAUUUGCAGUAAAGGCUACGUGUAAAUCGAUUUUUCGAUAAUCCUUAUAAUGAUCGCAAUCGUGGAAUUGACGCAAUAUAAUGAUGCGAGAGGACUCAAGUAGUCUGAACUGAGUAGCUACAAUCAUGAGUGAGAAUCUGAUGAUGCGUGGAACUCUAAUACUUGUUAAGUAUUAAAUAAGUCGUUUUUAUUGGUAAUUUUAGAAAUUACUGAAACGCAUAGAGAAAAGAUAGGGAGAAAAUUGAGAGUGUAUUAAACUUCCAUGCAAAGCAAACAAUGAGAGCUUAUGCUGCGUAAGUCAUGCAAAGUGUAGUGAUUUGUUUGAUAAAAUAUUCUAGAUAUAAGGGUUUAAUUUAAUAUACAGGGUGUCCCGUUUAAAAGAAACCACCUUAAUACCUUCAUUAUUGUAAAUAAUAGAAAAAAGUGUUACGGGACAACAGUUCUACGACAAUGCAAACAUCAUAAGUUUCAAGUUAUAUUAGUAAUCCAUUUGAAAGUAUUAAGUUAACCUUUAACUCACCACACCACACCUCACCAAACUGUUGCCAUCAUAGUGGAUUCUUCUCACAACCAUACAACUCUUGUAAGUAAUACUUCUUCCUAUUAUUUAAAGUAGUAAAUAUAUUAAGGUAACUUGUUUCUAAGACGAUACACUGUAUAAUAUAAUUCUCUACACUAUUUGAGAAAUAUUUAAUUAUUAUCGACAAUGAUCCUAAUAAGUUAUGUAUGUAGGUAAAUUAUGUAUGUGAAAGAAGUGUGUUAUUUAAAAUUGUGAA